GCGGCGCUGGCACACACACACACACACAUACACACGCUGCAAACACGGCGUGCAGGAGGCGGCGGCAGAGUGACCCGCGCUGCCACGGUGUGCGGAGAGUCGCGUCGCGGCGGCCCGGCUGGAGUCACGCUGAGCCACGCUGAGCCUCGGCGGAGCGUCUGACUGGCCGUCCCUCACCCCCCCCACCCCCCACCCCCGUGCCCUGCCUCGCGUGCCAGCCAGCGGCGAGGCGGACAGUGUAGCGGCAGCAGCCAGGGGAUGGUGUUGAGGCUGUGGCUGUGAGGCGGCGAGCGAGGCGUGGGGCGGCAGCAGGCAGGCAGGUGCGAGGCGCGGGCUGGCGUGUGCGUGUGUGUGUGUGUGCGUGCCGCUCCUCCCAUUGAUCUGGCGGACGAUUGCCUGUUGCUCCGCGCCAACGGGCCAGACACGCUCGUUGUUUCAACAAGUUGACGCAUAAAACAAGGCACUGGACGUAAUGACGCCGCGGCCGGGCCGGGCUUGGGGCUAGCGGGUGGCGUCCACACCUGACGAGAGGCGUGGUGCGUGUGCGUGCGUGUGCGAGUGCGUGCGUGCGUUGCGUGGUGUACCUGGCCGUGACGGGGAGUGAUGGCAAUGGGAGUGAGGCUGGCCGACCCCACGCACCCAGCACCCACUCAGUGACGCCCGGCGAGUGCUCCGACACCCAAGGGAACAAGGAACGCGGGCCCUCAGCCACUCAGUGAAGGCAGUGAACGCGUGCAGCAGUGAUCGUGUGCGUGUGACUUACUGGCGGCGGAGACUAACACGGAUACGACACAGCAUCCAACCCUUGAUAACCUUGAGGAGUGACGCAAGAGAGAAGAGAGAAGAGGGAGAGAAGGCAGGUGGCGGUGCCGGGGGGGGCGUCCUGAUGGCAGCGUGGAGGGCGUGCCUGCUGCCGGCGUGAUGGUGAGGCACGAGCAGGCCGCUGUGUCCUGCUGCCCCGGGUGACUUUCUCUUGCCUGCUGGGGCGGCGGCGGUGGCGGCAUGCUGCUGCCACGCCGUCUCUGCAGCCUCCUCGGGGGCUUCCUGCUGCUGUUCCUGUGUUUCUUCUACGUGCUGGACCGCUACAACUACCAGUACGACCCCCACCUGGCCGUGGUGGGCCCCGAGUACCCCGGCGGCGGCGCGGCGCAGGAGCGGCCGUGGCCCCGCAGCCUGGCGCUCAGCCGCCCGUUGCUCAAUGCCACCAGCCGCGCCGCGACGCACCCGCCCGCCGCCACGGCGCCGCCCGAGGACCGGCGGCGCAGCGGGCCCUGCAAGAAGAAGUACUGGCGCUGCAACAACACGGUGCCCACCGACCCCGAGCCGCCGCCGGAGGUGCUGCAGGAGCUGGAGGCGGUGGGCGGCAGCGACCCCUCCAGCAGCCCCGUGCUGGAGGCGGCGCCGCUCUGGACGCAGUACGCGGACCGCGGCUACACGGUGCUGGGCAGGAACGAGACCGCCGUGCACCGCCUGCCUCACGUGCUCAUCAUCGGCGCCAAGAAGUCCGGCACACGCGCGCUGCUGGCCUUCCUGCGCGUCCACCCCUCCAUCCGCGCGUCCGGCCCCGAGGUGCACUACUUCGACAGGUACUACAGCCGCGGCCUCGAGUGGUACAGGAGUAAGCUGCCCCUGAGUCUGGAGGGGCAGCUCACGGUGGAGAAGACCCCGGCGUACUUCACCACCGCGGGCGUGCCGGCGAGGGUACGCAUGGAUCUGCCCUCCUGCCGCCUCCUGCUGGUGGUGCGCGAUCCCGUCACCAGGGCGCUCUCCGACUACACCCAGAGCUUAAGCAAGCAUCGUGCGCGGCGGCCGUUCGAGGACCUUGCCUUCGUCAGCUCCUCGCCCGGCCUCGUCAACUCGGAGUGGGGGCCCAUCAGCGGCGGCCUGUACGCGCGACACCUGCAGCGCUGGCUCGACCACUUCCCGCGCGCCAGCAUCCACGUGGUCAGCGGCGAGAACCUCAUCAAAGACCCCGCCGCCGAGCUGUGCCGCGUGCAGGAGUUCCUCGGUCUGAAGCGCGUGAUCACGGAGAAACACUUCUUCUUCAACGUGACCAAGGGCUUCCCGUGCCUCGUCAAGCGGGAGAAGUCAGGUCGGCCGCACUGCCUGGGCUCCUCCAAGGGCCGCUCCCACCCCGAGGUGUCCCGCGAGACGUACAACACCCUCAGGGACUUCUACAGACCCUUCAAUUACAAGUUCUACAAGAUGGUCGGCCAAAACUUCCGCUGGUGAUGCGCCGAGUGUGUCUGUGCUGCCCCCUUGAGGAUACACCGAGAAUUAGACCCCCCAUUUUUUUUUCUCUUUCCCUCUCUGUCUAUCUCUCUCUCUCUGAUGGAGCAACUGAUAACUAUAACCUCCCUUUUUCCUCCCUUACUCUCUCUCUCUGUCUGUCUAUCUCUCUCUCUCUGAUGGAGCAACUGAGAACUAUAACCUCCCUUUUUCCUCCCUUACUCUCUCUCUCUGUCUGUCUAUCUAUCUCUCUCUGAUGGAGCAACUGAAAACUACGACCCCUCCCUUUUUCCUCCCUUACUCUCUCUCUCUAUCUGUCUAUCUAUCUCUCUCUGAUGGAGCAACUGAUAACUACGACCCCUCCCUUUUUCCUCCCUUACUCUCUCUCUCUGUCUGUCUAUCUAUCUCUCUCUGAUGGAGCAACUGAUAACUACGACCCCUCCCUUUUUCCUCCCUUACUCUCUCUCUCUAUCUGUCUAUCUAUCUAUCUCUUUGAUGGAGCAACUGAGAACUAUAACCUCCCUUUUUCCUUCCUUACUCUCUCUCUCUCUAUCUGUCUAUCUAUCUCUCUCUUUGAUGGAGCAACUGAGAACUAUAACCUCCCUUUUUCCUUCCUUACUCUCUCUCUCUCUAUCUGUCUAUCUAUUUCUCUCUUUGAUGGAGCAACUGAGAACUAUAACCUCCCUUUUUCCUCCCUUACUCUCUCUCUCUAUCUGUCUAUCUAUCUCUCUCUCUGAUGGAGCAACUGAUAACUACGACCCCUCCCUUUUCUCUCUCUCUCUCUCUCUCUCUCUCUCUCUCUCUCUCUCUCUCUCUCUCUCUCUCUCUCUCUCUCUCUCUCUCUCUCUCUCUCUCUCUCUCUCUCUCUUUUCACUUAUUUUGUUUAUUCGUUGUUCCUUUUUUCUUCCACCUCUUUCCUUUCUUUCUUUAUUUCCUCUCUCUCUCUCUCUCUCUCUCUCUCUCUCUCUCUCUCUCUCUCUCUCUCUCUCUCUCUCUCUCUCUCUCUCUC